AUGAACGAGAAAGAGAGUUUGUUUUCUUCAACAAGUGAUUGGAUGAGAAUACCAGUUUUAACUUUCUUCAAAGAUGCUAGAUUAGUAUUUAAAUCAGAUAGUCUUGGUAGGGAGAUACUGUCAAUUGCAUUGCCUGCUGCAAUGGCUUUGACAGCUGACCCUAUUGCUUCACUUGUUGACACUGCAUUCAUUGGCCAAAUAGGUCCAGUGGAGCUUGCUGCUGUAGGAGUUUCCAUAGCUCUCUUCAAUCAAGCAUCGCGAAUUGCAAUAUUUCCACUUGUUAGUGUCACAACCUCUUUUGUGGCAGAGGAAGAUACCCUCAGUGGAGUGAACUCGCAGGUAGAAGAGAACGGAUGCUUGGAAGCCGCGACACCUCCGGAUGCUGAAACCAAAGAGUUCUUACCGCAGAAAAAUUUGAAUGCUGAAAGCUUUAACUUAGUUAAGAAUGUUGAACAUAAGAGAAGGCAUAUUCCUUCAGCUUCGUCGGCGUUGUUUAUUGGAGGUAUCCUUGGAAUCAUCCAGGCAAUAUUACUUAUUUCUGCAGCAAAACCUUUAUUGAGCUUCAUGGGAGUAACUUCUGAUUCUCCUAUGCUACAUCCUGCACAGCAAUACCUGAAAUUGAGGUCUCUUGGUGCUCCUGCGGUUCUUCUUUCAUUAGCAAUGCAGGGAGUUUUUCGAGGAUUUAAAGACACGAAAACUCCUUUAUAUGCCACUGUGGCAGGAGACGCGACCAACAUAGCAUUAGAUCCUCUAUUCAUCUUUGUUUUCCGAAUGGGUGUCACUGGUGCAGCCAUUGCACAUGUUAUAUCUCAGUAUCUAAUUUCAGCUAUACUCUUGUGGAGUUUGAUGAAACAAGUUGAUCUUAUACCUCCGAGCAUGAAGCAUCUUCAAUUUGACCGAUUUCUAAAAAAUGGUUUUCUGUUACUAAUGAGAGUCAUUGCUGUAACAUUCUGCGUGACACUCGCCGCAUCAUUAGCUGCACGCCACGGAUCAACAUCUAUGGCAGCAUUUCAAGUCUGUCUGCAGGUUUGGUUGGCAGUGUCUCUUCUUGCUGACGGUUUGGCUGUUGCCGGGCAGGCCAUUCUCGCAGGUGCAUUUGCUAACAAGGACUAUGACAAGGCCACAGCAACUGCAUCUCGAGUAUUGCAGAUGGGUUUAGUUCUAGGAGCGGCACUUGCAUUCAUUCUUGGAACAGGACUGCACUUUGGAGCUAAAGUUUUUACAAAAGACGCGAAUGUCCUCCGUCUCAUUAGAAUUGGGAUACCGUUUGUUGCACUCACUCAGCCCCUAAACUCUUUGGCAUUUGUAUUUGAUGGUGUCAACUUUGGUGCAUCUGAUUUUGCAUAUUCAGCCUUCUCAAUGGUCAUAGUGGCAAUUAUUAGCAUAAUUUGUCUACUUAUUUUGUCAUCUUCUGCUGGAUUCGUUGGAAUUUGGAUUGCUUUGACCAUCUAUAUGAGUCUAAGAGCAUUUGCUGGCUUCUUGAGGAUUGGAACUGGAUCAGGACCAUGGGAAUUCCUUAGGAGCCAACCACAUUAG